CUCUGCAGGCAGGAGACUUGUGGGAGAAUUAAGUAUUCUGUGGCAUCCGUAUGUGUGGCACAGAAGAGAAACAAUUUUUCUGUGGUGUAGUAUUAACUAACCUCAGAAACCUUUUUAAUAUAAACUUUGUAUUUAAAGUUUAAAGUCUUGUGUAUGUGUUUUAUGAUUUAAAGUAUACGUUGUUAAAAAAUGACUUUGUAUUAAUUUUAAAGCUACCACUCCAAAAUACGAAUUAUAAUUUGGUAAUUUGUCGUUUGCAUAAAAUGGCUGGCGAAGUUAUUGUAGACGCUUUACCGUAUAUAGAUCAAGGAUAUGAUGAACCAGGAGUUCGAGAAGCGGCUUUUGCAAUGGUUGAAGAAGAAUGCAGGCGAUAUAGACCAACCAAGAAUUAUUUAGAACAUCUUCCUCCAUUAAACAUAUCUGGUUUUGAGACAGAAAUCAUGCAUAACGAGUUCGAAAGACUUCAAAACCGAUUACCUAUGGAAACCAUUUCUAUGAAACGAUAUGAAUUGCCACCACCACCUACUGGAAAAUUAACUGAAUUAAAUGCAUGGGUGGAAUGUGUAAAUAAUUCUCAGGCUCAAUUGGAACAUCAAGCUGUAAGAAUUUUAAACUUACAACUAAUGAUGGAAUAUUGUUGCCCUGCAUGGCAACGAUAUUUACAAACACUCCAAGAUCUAGAGAAAAUUGCCUCUAAAAAAUUAUCCACACUUAGACAAGCAUUACAGGAAGUAAAUUGGCAAAGAAAAUCACUUCAAACUAAAGGUGGAGAUCAGUUGAAAAAUUUGGAAGCUAAAUGGGUGGCCUUAGUGUCACACAACUAUGAAAUUGAACAAGCUUGUUGUAUGGCUGAAGAAUAUAUUGCCCGAGUAAAGCAAAACCCACAAUUAAUUGACAUGCAAGUAGUUGCAAAUAGCAAUAACUUAUAAAUAAAAUGUAACUUUAGUUUCUAGAUAUUAUAUAUUUAAUGUAAAUCAAUUUUUUAUUUCUUCAUUCAGUAAUAUACUAGUAUUGAAG